AUGCUAGCAGCACGGCGCAGCGCUACUUGGAGGUCCACUGCCUCUGUAGCAAAGCCACCGACGGCUUGGCCAGUAGCAGCAGCAGCUGCUGCUCAUGGUAUUGCAGCAACUGCAGCAGCAAGACCUAAUGCAAAAAUAGCAGCAGCAACAGCAGCAGCAGCAGCAGUAGUAGUUACUGUUCACGCAUCUUCCGCGCCGAGGCCAGCCGGUGCAGCAGCUUGCCAACGGCGAUAUUCGGUUGCUGCAGCUGCUGCUGCUCACGCUGCUGCUGCUGACUGCAAUUCUGGAGGGCCCCUUGUCUUAACCCCUAUAACACCGCUGCAGCAGCAUCACCGGAAGCAGCGCGCGCUGCGGCUGCUGCAGCUGCAGCAGCUGAACCGAGUGCUGCACCAACCCCAGUGCUUAGAGGCUUUUGCUGCUCCCCCAGAAGCAGAUGAAGCAGCGGCCUUUGUUAUUGAGACAGCAGAAGCAGCGGCAGUAGAAGCAGCUGCAGCGGAAGCAGCUUCCGCAGAAGCAGCUGCAACAGAAGCAGCUGCAGCAGGGACAGCUGCAGCACAAGCAGCUGCAGCAGGAACAGCUGCAGUAACAGCAGCAGCAGCAGAUGCGCAGUGUAACGAGAGUGAAGAGAGAAUAAGAAAGGCCUACCUCAGGCGGGACUGGCGUUGUCUUGCUGCUGUUGCAGAAGAGUCAUUGCUGCUACUCCAGCAGCAGCAGCAGCAGCAACAGCAGCAACAGCAGCAGCAGCAAGAGGCAAAGUAUUUUGUUUCAAGUUUGCUGCUUCUCUCGCUGCUGCAGCCACCCCGAAGGGACAGGCAGGUGCAGCGACUCAUGGAGGCUGUGGAGGAGGCGCUGCAGCAGCAGCAGCAACAACAGCAGCAGCAGCUAUUUGCGUUUACCCCAGGGGAGUGCGCUACGCUCAUCGCUGCCCUCGGAAAUUUCGCUUCAGAUGUUCUCUUCUCUUGGUUUGCGGAGGAGCCCUUAUGCAGCAGCAGUGCAGCUGCUUUGUCUAGUUUGUUUGUCUCUGUGUACAGGCAGCGUUUGUUACAGCCAGCUGCUGCUUCUGCUGAGGCCUCUGCUACUGCUGCAGCUGCUGCUCCUACAUGCCCCUCUCCCUCAGGAGACUGUCUUGUGCUGCUGCGCCGUCUGCUGCAGUGCCAUAGUCUGUCUCCCGCACAAGCGUGCUCGGUGCUGCAAGCAGCAGCCUAUGCCGCCUUCUUCCCCAAGCGCUUCGCUGUGCUGCUGGUCCCUGCUGCAUCUUCAGCAACGGCCCCUCUUGCUUCUGUGGCUGCAGAUGCAGCAGCAGCAGCAACUGCAGCUGAAGCAGCAACAGCAGCAACGGCAACACCAGCACGAACAAUAGGAGGCGGCAUCUCUUCUCCUGCCCCGGUACACCUGGAGACUGUCCCUGGGUUCAUAGACACUGCAGAUACACCCGAAGCCUUGGGGCUCGCCUCCGCAAUUACAGCAGCAAUUGAAAAGGUCAUAGCGGCGCUCAAAAGAAGCAGCAGCAGCAGCAGCAGCAGCGGCAGCAACAGCAGCCAAGUGUUGCCCAUCGACAGCAUCCUCCGCCUAACGGAGGCCUUAAUGCUAAGGGACAUAUCAUUCUCUGCGCAGUUGAAUUCGCUCGCUCUGCAGCAGCAGCAGCAGCAGCAGCAGGAGGUGGAGCAGCAGCAAGACCAGCAACUGCAUCAGCAGCAUCAAGAGGAACAGCAGCAGCAGCAUAUGCAGCAGCUCUACAAGUCGUACAGGCAAGAGUUAGACACUUUGCUGUUGCUGCUGUUAAACGCCGUGCUUCAGCAGCAGCAGCACUGGGGUGUACGUACACAGCAGGAAAUGCUGCUUUUCUUCCUUGCGCUGCUGCGACUCUUCGGCAUCGGCAACCCAGAGAGGUUGGCGCUCUCUGCCGCACUCAGCAGCCAACAGCAACGACAGCAACAGGAGAAGGAGCAGCAGCAGCAGCAGCAGCAUAUGUGGCAGCUACAGGAGAAGGAACCUUUGGGGGAAGCUGUUUAUGAGGGCCUGAAGAAGCUGUGGCUGCAUCUGUCAAAAAACAGCAGCGACAGCAGCAGCAGCAGCGGUAAUCUAACAGAAGUUGCUCUGCGGCUGCGCGCUCUCUCGCUGCUGUGCAGCAGCAACAAGACGUCUGGGCUCGUUCCUUCUGCUGCUGUUCCUUAUGGCGUUGCUGCAGCAGCUGCUGCUGCUGCUUCUUCUGCAUCCGUGUUCGGGGUGGAUAUGGAGCAGUGGGGGCAACAGCUGCUGCUGCAGUGGCAGCUUGCUGCAGCAGCAGACUUCACGCCUCUUCCUGCUGCUGUACAGCAGCAGCAGCAGCAAUCAGACAAUUACGUGUACCUCAAGCAGCAGCAUCACCGCACUGCUCAGCAGCAAGCUAAAGUGGCGGCGUUCCUGCUGGACCCCGCUGCUGCUGCUGCUGCUGCUGCUGCUGAAUCUUCCGUUGCCGCAACAGCAACGGAAACAGGAGGGCCACCAGCAGCAGCACCAGCACAGUCUGUAGCGGCUGCAGCAGCAGCAGCUGCUGCACCUGCCACCGCGCCAGGCUCUGUUCUGACGUUGCUGCAAGCAGCAACGGAAUCUGUCUUUUACUUCUCGUCCUCUGUCUCUUCAGUGGCGCUGCUGCUGCUGCGCAGCUUCAUUGGAUUAAAUAGCCUGCAGCAGCAACUCGACACCCCUCUAGCAGCUCAGCGGCAGCACACGGAGGCGUGGGAGUUGCUGCUUACCUGCAGCAGCGAUGAGCUUCUGCAGCAGCACCAGGCAGCAACAGGGACAGCAGCAGCAGCAGCAGCUUUCCGUGCUUCUGCCCUCCUGCACAUUUACAGAAGUCUGCAGCUGCAGCGCCUUGACCUGCAGCAGCAGCUGCUGCUGCAGCAGCAGCAGCAGGAGCAGCUGAAGCCGGAUGAGCAGCAGCAGCAGCAGAAGCAACUGAAGCAUCUUUUGCGGCAGCUGCGACUGUCAAUGCAUUCCGUGCGUUUGCAGCAGCUGUCUCUUCUGGACUUGCUGCUGAAGCAGCAGCACAAAGAGAGGCCUUUAAAGGAGACAGCAGCAAUUCUUGUGAUGCUUGCAGGGGCUUCUUUACUGCGGCGGAACCAUCUGACGCUCUUAACCCCUUCUCUCCUCGAAGGCCUUCACUCGAGUCUGCAGCAGCAGCAGCAACAUCCGCUGGUGCAGCAGCAGCAGGAGACCACAGCAGCAGUGAUCUCCUUGCUCACCCUCAAAUGUCUCCUUCCCCCAGGAUCCCUCCCAGACGAACUGUUACUCCCUGUGCUGCACGCUGCUGCUGCUGCAGCAGAUGUGCUGCAGCCCCGUGAGGUGGCCGUGUGCCUGUAUAGCCUGCGGCCGCAGGAGCAGCAGCAGCAGCAGCAGCAGCAGACUUCACAAAUGCUGCAGCAGCUGCAGCAGACACUGCGGGAGCGGCUGAUGCAGCGAGGAGCUUUGCUUGUGCCUUACUUCCCUCCCGAGGAGCUGCUGUUAUUUAUUGCGUCAAUACGGAAUUUGCAGCCAGAGCUGCUGCAGCAGGCCUUCGGGUGUAUGUACACCGCAGUCCCCUUCUACACGCCUCAACAACUGGCGACAACUGUCUGCGCAGUGGCGGGAGCUCUCAGCGCCGCAGCAGAUACAGCAGCAGCAGGUUCAGCAGCAACAGCAGUUGCAGGUUCAGCGGCAGCAGCAGGUGAAGCAGCAGCAGAAUACGCAGUAGAUGUAGGUGCAACGGCAGCGGAGCUGCAGCGCCGGUGGGAGUUGCAGCUAGUAGACGCUCUCUUCUCCCGUGCUGCUGCUUGCCUCUCGGCUACAGUGGGGAGGAUGGGAGCAGCAACAGCAGCAGCAGCAGAAGCGUCUAAUGUCGCUACACAGCUUUUGUGCUGCUCCUUCUCGCUGCCAGUCAGCCAUGAGCAACAGCAGACACUCAAAAAUAUCCUGAUGAAGCAGCUGCAGCGCCCGCAAACAAAGCUGCAGCAGUCAAAGGCAAAGCGGUACCAACUGCAGCAGCAACAGCAGCAACAGCAGGACAAGGCAGCAAACGCGGCAUCACCUCUGUCUCGUCGGAGAACGACACGCUUAUUAGGGUUGGUGGAGCCUUCGCUGCUGUUGCAGCUGCUGCUGGUGCAGCUGCGACAGCAGCGGCACCAGCUGCAGCAGGAGCAGCAGCCAGCUAUGGACUUUGUCUUUUUUGGGGCUGCAUGCGGAGCCCUAAGGAGGCACUUGCAGGAGCUAAGCACUGAGGAGCUGCUGGAUCUUCUGGCGGGGCUGCAUGCGGCAGGAGUACCACCACAGGACAAAAAGCGAACGGUGGAAGGCAAGGCUCAACCUGCUCGCGUUCCCCCCGCAGCAAAUGCGAAGGGCUUUGUGCCUCAUCGAUUUUGUUGGAAGUUGGGGAGCCUUUUAAAAAAAGACAUCGAAAACUUCAAUAUUAGCAUGCACAUUCUGGCUGCUCACGCACUCGCCUUCCAACAGCAGCAGCAGCACCCGCAGCAACAGCAGCAGCAACAGCUGGGGUCUCCCCUUACGCGUGAAAGACCAAAGAAGACAGGGGACCCAGCAGGAACAGCAGCAGCAGCAUCGGCAGCAAACCAAAGAGACGCGCAGCGGCAGAGAGACGGUGAACUGCCAGUAGCGCUUCGAGGCAGGCCGGCUCCUCUAGCGUCGGUGCCCCCUUUGUGCGCAAAUAAUUGCGGCUUCUACGGCAGCCCAGCGAGCCGCAACCUUUGUUCAAAGUGCUACAGGGAGUUCCUGAAGGCGGAGAGUGCUGCAGCAGCAACGGCAGCUGCUGCUGCAUGCAGACGUGCACUGCCACAGCAGCAGCCAGCGUCCACGGAGGCUGCUGAACCUGCUGCAGCAGAUGCUGCUCCCCAGCAUACAGCCUCAGCACAACAGCCGCUGGAAGCUGCUGCGGAGCCCGCGGAUGCAGCGGCGGCUGCUGCAGUUGCAGCGACGGCAGCAGCAGCUGCCGCAGCCACAGCAGCCGUAGCAGCAGAGAGUUGCAGCAGAGAGUUGCAGCAGAUCGCUGACAGCGAAGCUGUUUCGGCAGGGUCUGGUCCCGCCACAGUUCCUUCAGGGGCGUCGGAGAGGAUAUCUGGCCUAGCAGAAGCGGCAGCAGCAGCAGCAGCGCCCGCAGCAGCCGCAGCAGCUGCAGCAGCAGCAGUAGCGGCAGAAGCAGCUGCAGCACCACCACCAGAAGCAGAAGCAGAAGCAGCAGCAACAGCAACAUCCGCAACUUCCUCUCCGGUUGAGACAGGGGAUGCGAUCGCCCCGCCGUCGCCGGCGUCAGCGCCUGCGGGGACAGCAGCUUCAGCGCAUGGCAAGGGGAAAGCGUCGCGCUGCCACAAGUGCAACAGGAAGAUUCUGCAGCGGGCGGGAUUCUUCCAAGGGUGCGGCGACAGCAGCGAACAGCAGCGGCAGCAGCAGCAGCAGCAACAGCAGAAGCAACAGCAACAACAGAAGCAACGGCAGAGGUAA